AUGCGAACUUCACAAUUUGGAACAGUAGUUACAAGCACAGCACCUGAUAGGACCUAUGGACUUGCUCAGUUUUAUGGUGAUCUUUCUACCGGUGAAUGCAACUUAUGCUAUGAUGUAGCAAGUAGUUCUCUUCCAGGUUGCUUACCCAGCAAUGGUGGUCGGGUUUAUCUCACUGGUUGCUUCAUGAGAUAUGAGAAUUAUAGCUUCUUUGAGGAGCAUACAGGUCAAGAAGACAGAGUUAUAUGUGUGAAUAAAACAAUGAGAAACAAUGCCUUUGAACAAUCAGCCUCAAAGGCUGUGUUUCAAACAGUGAAAAAUGCACCUAAAAGUAAAGAGUACAAUGCUGGAAAACAGGCUCUUAUUUCUGGGACAGAAAAUAAAUCAGUGUAUGCAAUGGCUGAUUGCUGGCGUACAUUAGAUACAGAUUCUUGUUCUGAUGACACUCAAUUGUUGAUGAUGGUGAACAAUAGCAACUUGAACUUCAAAUAUUCCAUCAUUGAGAAAGCCACGGGUUCUUUCGAUGAGGUGAAUAAGCUUGGUCAAGGCGGAUUUGGAACGGUAUACAAGGGAGUUCUUCCAGAUGGAAGAGAGAUUGCUGCCAAGAGACUUUUCUUCAACCAGCGACAUAGAACAGGGGACUUCUAUCAUGAAGUCAACAUCAUUAGUAGUGUUGACCACAAAAAUCUGGUGAAACUGGUAGGAUUCAGCUGUUUGGGGCCUGAAAGUAUUCUCAUUUAUGAAUAUCUACCCAACAAGAGUCUCAAUUAUUUCAUCUUCGAUGCAGUUAGAGGUAAGGAACUAAACUGGGCGAAAAGAUUUGAUAUUAUAGUGGGAAUAGCAGAGGGUUUGGCCUACCUUCAUGAAAACAGUAAAACCAGGAUCAUUCACAGGGAUAUAAAAGUUGCUAAUAUCUUGUUGGAUUCAAGACUUCGUGCUAAGAUUGCUGAUUUUGGAUUAGCCAGGUCCUUUCAAGAAGAUAAAAAUCGUAUCAGCACUGGGAUUGCAGGAACACUUGGAUAUAUGGCUCCAGAGUAUGUACUCAAUGGUAAGUUAACAGAAAAGGUGGAUGUAUAUAGCGUUGGUGUGCUUUUGCUUGAGGUGAUUACUGGAAUCCCAAACAGAGGAACACAAACAUCAGAUGACACUCACAGCUUGCUUACAAUUACAUGGAGGCAUUUUCAGCAAGGCACAGUGGAUGAGCUUUUUGAUCCAAACUUACUUUUGAAGGAUGACACCAGUAGCAGCAUGAAGAAGGAGAUACGAAGUGUGAUACAAAUAGGGCUUCUUUGCACACAAGAAGUUCCAUCACUUAGACCAACCAUGUCUAUGACUCUACAAAUGUUAUCUAAAAAUAUUGUACCCUUACCUUCACUAAACCGACACAGAAUCAAAUGAGUUUGGUCAAAUCCCUGCUUUUAGGCAUAGAUUAAAUAAUCCUGCUUCACUUCCGACUGUUACACAUACUUCUUUUAGUCCAAGGUAGAUAUAUGUUUGUACAAAUUUUAGAGAAAUAAUCAUCAUUAUUUGUAAUGAUUAGUAACUUCAUG